UGCAUUCACACUAAGGUGGAGGAAACAAAGGCCUACCUGUGUGGAAGGCUAGGCCUUCAGUUAGGAAACUUACCUUAGUCACUCCAGCACUGAGACUUGUUUUACAUGCUGCUUCCAUGUUCCAAAUCCUGUCUCCAACACCUGUGCUCACUCAACAGCCUGUCUUUGUCACCACCUGACUGCGUCUGAAGGUUUUCAUCCAAGUACACAGUGAUUGCCAGUGCACUAAAACGUCUGAAGACAUUUACGCUGAAGCCCACACAGAUGUGGCACGAAUAUGUUUCCUCUGAAACACUUUUAAGUGCUCUCACUGCAAGGACAGUAGAUCCCUGAUAUACGCAAAAGCUAAGGACUGUUAUAAAAGCCUGUUUUAUAUCACAGCAUACAGAUAUUCAAAUGUUGUAUUUGAAUUGGGACUGGUGAUCUGUGAACUGAGUUUACUUCGCACUAAUCGUACAGUGCAUUAUGCUCUAGUUAGGAGUCUGCUGUAUCAGAUAUAUCAAUGUAAGUUCAUUAAAGAUGUCUUUUCAUUUUCACAGUGUUCUAACCAUCCUGUUUGUCUGUACCUAGUUCAGGUUUAUCGGUGUCUUCAGCUCCUACCUUUCUGUCCCAUUGAGGUCUUUCUGUAUAUUUGAUCGUGUCAGGAUGAGGAUCUGGUCGUGGGAACAAUGUGGGGAGUCUAGCCUGGUGCUACUGCGGUUCCUCACCCUGGCUUUGUCUGUAGGGAACCUCUCAACCAGGGGACAGGAGGAAGGGGCAGCCUCCAACAGUCUGGAGGAUGAGCUGGAGUCCACCACAUACUGGUGGGGGGAGUGGGCCAAGUGGACUGCCUGCACACGCACCUGCGGAGGGGGGGUCAUGUCCCAGGAGAGGCACUGUCUCAAACAGAGAAAGAAAGCAGCCGCUGCUAGAGACAACAUGACCUGCACUGGCACUUCGAAGAAAUACCUCCUCUGUAACACCAAGGACUGCCCUUCCUCUGGGAGAAGCUUCAGGGAAGAACAGUGCUGGUCGUUCAACUCACAGGUCUACAAUGGCAGGAACUACCACUGGAAACCCCUGUAUCCGGAUGACUAUGUCCAUAUCUCCAGUAACCCAUGUGACCUGCACUGCACCACGGCCGACGGCCAGAGACAGCUGAUGGUUCCCGCUCGGGACGGAACGUCCUGCAAGUACAGCAACUACAGAGGGGUCUGUGUGGACGGCAGAUGUGAGCCAAUCGGGUGUGAUGGAGUACUUUUCUCGCCCAACAUGCUGGAUAAGUGUGGUGUGUGUCAGGGGGAUGGCAGCAGCUGCAGCAGGGUCAAUGGAAAUUUCCGCCGCGGGGCCACCACUUUGGGUUACUCCUUCAUCACAUCAAUCCCUGAGGGCUCCUGGGACAUUCAGAUCAUUGAGAGGAAGAAGUCAGCUGAUGUUUUGGCUGUGACCGAUCAGGCGGGGAACUUCUUCUUCAAUGGGAACUACAAGGUGGACAGCCCCCAGAACUUCCAUGCGGCGGGGACCGUCUUCAAGUACCGGCGGCCCAUGGAUGUGUAUGAGACGGGGAUCGAGUACAUCGUAGCCAAAGGGCCCAUCGACCAGGCCAUCAAUGUUCUGGUGUGGAACCAGAAUGGUCGUAUCCCUUACAUCACGACGAGUACACCGUCCUGA